GGAACCCAAGAAUUCUAGCCUCUCCCUUCCUCAGCAGCCCUCACAUUGCUCUUCCUCAGAAAGGGAUCUUGCCUUCUUGUCUCCUUACUCUCUCCGCUACCACUGGACUGAGAGGAGGGGAAGACCCACGAGUCCAGGAAUCCCAGCUUUUCAUCAUCCCCUACUCUCUUUCAUACUGUAUUGAGAGGGAGGACCCCUCAGGAUCCCUAGCUUUCUGCAACCAGUUACCACCGGGUGGGAGAAGAGGAGGUGGAGUGGUGCAAGAAUCUUGUUCCUCACCCCUCCACACCGCCGGCUCCCACGCUGCUGGAGAAGGCAGGGGAGCAUUUCAGAACCCAAGAGUGUAGGUUCUCCAGCUCCUCACCAUCCCCCGCUCUCUGCUCCUACGGAGCCAAGGGUAAGGGGAGUGGGGGCGGGGAGGCUGUACCAGAUCUCCAUCGGGCGGCGACGACAAGCAGCGAAAGCCUGCCUGCUUGUCUGCCUGCUUGCCUGCCAGCCAGCCUUGCUCCCAGCCUCCCUACUUCUCCCGGUCACUCUUCAAGUCCCGGGUCCACCUUCUGGGCUUUAGCUGCGGGAUACGAUUGCCACCGGGAAGCAGUCCUAGCCUGGGGCCGCGGGCGGACCCCUGCCCGGCCCGCAGGGGUGGGGGGUGGGAAGAGGGGUGGGGGGGAGGGGGACUCUCUUAGUGCCAGCUGAGCCCGGGGCCACCCCCUCCCGUUUCCCUCCUUCCAUCCCCACCUCCCUUCCCACUAGGGCCAGGGGGCCGGGCCGAGCCCGGUAGGGGCAUGAAGCAAGCGGCCACUAGGUCAGGCACGGGGCGGUAGCCACGGUGCCACCAUGGCUAGGGCCAGCCCGGGCCGCAGCCCCCCUUCCGGGGACCCCGAGCGCCAGCAGCGAUGGGGCCUCCUUUUCGAUGAGCUGGACAGCAACAAGGACGGCCGUGUGGACAUUCACGAGCUUCGCCUGGGACUGGCCAGGCUGGGUGCGAGGACCCCGGACAGCGACGGCCAGGAUAUCCUACAAGAGGGGGAUAUAGACCAAGAUGGGGGCCUGACCCUUGAAGAAUUCACCCGCUACCUACAGGAGCAUGAGAGACGACUGCUGCUUAUGUUCCACAGCCUGGACCGGAACCAGGAUGGCCAUAUAGAUGCCUCAGAAAUUCAGGAAAGCUUCCAAGCCCUGGGUGUUUCCAUCUCUUUGCAGCAGGCUGAAAAGAUUCUGCACAGCAUGGACCGUGAUGGGACAAUGACCAUUGACUGGCAAGAAUGGCGAGACCACUUCCUGCUGCAGCCCCUGGAGAACAUGGAGGAUGUACUGAAGUUCUGGAAACACUCAACGGUCCUGGACAUAGGGGAAUGUCUGACAGUGCCAGAUGAGUUCUCAGAACAGGAGAAGCUAUCAGGCAUGUGGUGGAAACAGCUGGUGGCAGGAGCUGUGGCAGGGGCCGUGUCACGGACAGGCACAGCCCCCCUUGACCGGCUAAAGGUUUUCAUGCAGGUUCAUGCCUCCAAGAACAACCAGUUGAAUGUCCUAGGAGGGCUGCGGAACAUGGUCCAAGAGGGUGGCAUCCGCUCUUUGUGGCGUGGAAAUGGCAUCAAUGUACUGAAGAUCGCACCUGAAUCUGCCAUCAAAUUCAUGGCAUAUGAGCAGAUCAAGUGGGCGAUUCGGGGGCAGCAGGAGACGCUGCGGGUGCAGGAGCGCUUUGUGGCAGGGUCCCUGGCCGGGGCCACAGCCCAAACCAUCAUCUAUCCCAUGGAGGUGCUGAAGACACGGCUAACCCUCCGUCGAACUGGCCAGUACAAAGGAUUACUGGAUUGUGCACGGCAGAUCCUAGAGCAGGAGGGGCCCAGAGCCUUCUACAAGGGCUACCUGCCCAAUGUCUUGGGCAUUAUCCCCUAUGCAGGAAUCGACCUGGCUGUCUAUGAGACCCUGAAGAACAGGUGGCUCCAGCAGGACAGCCACCACUCAGCUGACCCAGGGAUCCUUGUCCUAUUGGCCUGCGGCACCAUUUCCAGUACCUGUGGCCAGAUCGCCAGCUAUCCCUUGGCUCUGGUCCGAACUCGAAUGCAAGCUCAGGCUUCCAUCGAGGGUGCCCCACAGCUCACCAUGCUGGGCCUCUUCCGUCACAUCCUUUCCCGAGAGGGGGUGUGGGGCCUGUACCGAGGCAUCGCCCCCAACUUCAUGAAAGUGAUUCCGGCUGUGAGCAUCUCCUAUGUCGUCUAUGAGAACAUGAAACAGGCCCUGGGGGUUACCACCAGGUGAGGAGCUGGGGCUUCCCUCCUUCCCUUCCCUGCUGGAUCCUGUCCCUUCUCUUCUGGAUCCUGGUGAUAAGACCACCCCUGUGCCAGUUUUCUUGGCUGCUCCUGGAGUCUGCAACCAACUGAUCUACCCCAACCUGGUCACUGACACUGGAUCACCGGAGGAACCUAUCCCAGGAUCUGCUCUGCAUGGCAUUGGCACUGGAUUCCCUACCUCUGGUGGAGGUGGGGAUGGUGGUAGCACUUCACCCCUACCCACUGCACUGAUAUGGAAAUGAUCUGGUCUCCUCCCUAACCCUCUACCCUAUAACCCUGCACUGCAGUACCACUGGGUCCCCACUGGGAAUGCAAAUUCCCUGCAUCCUUUCCCCAUAUCCCCUGGCUUCACCCAGGGGAGUGACACUGUCUUGCUCCAGUCCCUGACCCUUCCCUGUCACAAGGGGAUAAACCUAACAAAUCUGUGGAGGAAUGCAGGGUGGGGAAAACACUGAAGUCAAUCUCCUAUAGAGGGAGGGGACUCCAUGGCCCCAGGCAGAGAAUGUCCAGAGAUCCAAAGUUCAGGAUGAGCCUUCCACUGGUUUCUCCCACAUCUCCUUUUCUUUCCCCCUUUUCCCACCCCUCACCCUUAGGUAUGAAAUGAGUUUGAACAGUACUGAAAAGGGACCCAGGACAGGGCUAGGACCUCCUUCUGAGCCAUUCUUAGGUCCAUGCCUCUCCCUCCAAUAGCCUCCAAACAUAUACAUUCCAAUAAGAAAGAAAGAAAGAAAGAAAGAAAGAAAGAAAGAAAGAAAGAAAGAAAGAAAGAAAGAAAGAAAGAAAGAAAGAAAGAAAGAAAGAAAGAAAGAAAGAAAGAAAGAAAGAAAGAAAGAAAGAAAGAAAGAAAGAAAGAAAGAAAGAAAGAAAGAAAGAAAGAGAGAAAGAGAGAAUGAAGAAGGAAGGAAGGAAGGAAUAAAGAAAACAAAGUCUUAAAAUCAUCCAAACCAGGUCUAUUUUUCUAUUGGGUCAAGGAACAGCCCUUCUCCCAACACACACACAAAACCCCCAUCCUCCAGGGAACCUCUAUAUACUGUCCUUGAUAGCUGGAUUCUGAGACUGAGGGAGGGAAGGGUCUGAGAAUCAACGUAUUAAAGAUCUCCCUCUGAAAGCAGAGAAUCUAGUACCUGCUGGGAGGCAGUAUCCAGAGGUCCCUCUUCCUCCACUCCUACGCCCCCACCCCCCAAUCUAUCUACCUGUGUGUGCACCAUUUCAAAGGGAAACGAAUACAUUUUCUAAGUCCCCAGGGCCA